GAGCUAGUGCGCAGACCGCUUCGCCUUGAGCUCCGCUGAUCAGGAUGAUCACAGACGUGCAGCUCGCCAUCUUCGCCAACAUGCUGGGCGUGUCGCUCUUCCUGCUUGUGGUUCUCCAUCACUACGUGGCCGUCAACAAUCCCAAGAAGCAGGAAUGAAAGUGGCGCUUUCUCCGCCCCAGGGUUCCAGGACAUAGUCUGAGGCAAGAUGGAGGGUGUGAGGGGCCUUCACACUUCACUUCAUCCCUCUACCCAUCACAACAUACAAAGCAACUACACCUGGAGUUUUCCAAACAA